CCGCUUUCGAUUGUAAACAUUAAUAAAAUGAAUGAAUGAAGCUACGUACGUACGGACACAACACAACACAACACAACACAGCAGCCACCUUCAAAAUUCACCACUUUCUUCUACACUAGUCUUACUAAUGGUGUUGCGGCUCUACGCUACUUACUGAAUGUCAGCAUCGCAGAGGAUUCUCUCCUCUCUUUCUCCAUCUUCUUCUUCUUCUUCUUCUCUCAGUUUACUCAAAUUCAGACACCUUCUCUUCCUUCGUUCAUCUCCUUCUUACGCAACCCUACCUCGCUCCUUCUCAUUCUCUUCUCCUAUGUAUCGCAACAAGCAUACGGAUAAUCACAAGGAACAGAAAUGGAGGGAAAAGUCGAAACCUGAGUUGUUAGCUGCAGAUAAAGAGGUUUCAUCGGCUUCUUCUGUGGAAGGUGUAACUAAGAGACUUGAUGGGUUGAGUGUCAGUGGAAGCAGUGGACCAAUUAAUGCGUCUGUUGUUCAGACUGGGCUGAUUGGGAAUGUUCAUCAGGGGAAUCAGCAAGGUCAAAAAACAAUCUGGAAGCCUAAAUCUUAUGGAACAGCCAGUGGAGUCACUGCAGUAGAGGUUGAAAAAAAACCUGUUGAUAAAACUGUGGUUCUCAACCCUGGCAGUGGGGUAGGACAAACCUCACUUACUCAAAGAAACAGCAUUGGUUUGAGUAAGUUUUUCAAGGGUAAUUUGUUGGAAAGUUUUACAGUGGACAACUCUACUUAUGCAGAAGCACAGAUAAGAGCUACUUUCUAUCCCAAAUUUGAAAAUGAGAAGUCUGAUCAGGAGGUUCGGACAAGGAUGAUAGAAAUGGUAUCAAAAGGAUUGGCUACCAUGGAGGUUUCACUUAAACACUCUGGCUCUUUAUUUAUGUAUGCUGGUAAUGAGGGUGGAGCAUACGCGAAAAACAGCUUCGGCAAUAUAUACACUGCUGUGGGUGUAUUUGUUCUUGGUCGGAUGUUUCAGCAGGCUUGGGGAGCUGAAGCAGCCAAGAAGCAAACAGAGUUUAAUGAAUAUCUUGAGAGGAACCGCAUGUGCAUAUCAAUGGAACUGGUUACUGCUGUUCUAGGUGACCAUGGACAGCGCCCUCGAGAAGACUAUGUUGUUGUGACAGCUGUGACAGAACUGGGCAAUGGGAAGCCGAAGUUUUACUCAACUCCUGAUAUAAUUGCUUUUUGUAGAAACUGGCGCCUCCCAACAAAUCAUAUCUGGUUGUUCUCUACAAGGAAAUCUGUCACGUCAUUUUUUGCUGCCUAUGAUGCGCUUUGUGAAGAAGGAACGGCAACACCUGUAUGCAAGGCUCUUGAUGAAGUCGCAGAUAUCUCUGUAGCUGGUUCAAAAGAUCAUGUCAAGGUGCAGGGAGAAAUACUGGAAGGUCUUGUGGCUCGUAUUGUUAGUCACGAGAGCUCAAAACAUAUGGAGAAAGUAUUGAAGGACUUUCCUCCUCCACCGGUUGAGGGAGACUGCCUUGAUCUGGGACCAAGUCUUAGGGAUAUUUGUGCAGCAAAUCGGUCUGACGAAAAACAGCAAAUAAAAGCACUUCUUCAGAGCAUUGGAAACUCUUUCUGCCCUGACCAUUCAGAUUGGCUUGGAAGUGAAGCUGGUGAUUCCCAUUCAAGAAAUGCAGAUAAAUCCGUUGUUUCAAAAUUUUUACAAUCUCAUCCUGCUGAUUUCUCAACCACCAAAUUGCAGGAAAUAAUUCGGAUUACGAGAGAAAAACGAUUCCCUGCCGCCUUUAAAUGUUAUCAUAACUACCACAAAGUUGAUUCUGUAUCAACUGAUAACCUUUUCUAUAAGAUAGUCAUUCAUGUUCACAGUGACUCUACAUUUCGACGGUAUCAGAAAGAAAUGAGGUGCAGACCAGGAUUGUGGCCAUUAUAUCGAGGAUUCUUUGUUGAUAUUAACUUAUUCAAGGCAAAUAAGGAGAGAGCUGCAGAACUUUCUAAAAAGAGUGCUAUAGUAGAAAAUGCCAGCAGCAGUGCAUCAGAAAAGGAUGGAUUAGCAGAUGAGGAUGCAAACUUAAUGAUCAAAAUGAAAUUUCUUACAUACAAGUUGCGUACCUUUUUGAUUCGCAAUGGCUUGUCAGUUCUCUUUAAAGAUGGCCCAGCUGCUUAUAAGGCCUAUUACUUGAGGCAAAUGAAAAUAUGGGGCACUUCAGCAGGAAAGCAGAGGGAACUGAGUAAAUUGCUUGAUGAAUGGGCUGUUUAUAUAAGAAGGAAGUGUGGAAACAAACAGCUGUCAUCAUCAAUAUAUCUUAGCGAGGUUGAGCCUUUUCUUGAAGAAUAUGCAAAGCGAAGUCCUCAUAAUCAGGCUCUGAUAGGAUCUGCGGGUAACUUGGUAAGAACUGAAGAUUUCUUGGCCAUCGUCGAGAGAGGCAGGGAUGAAGAAGGUGAUCUGGAGAUUGAGCGAGAGGUAACGCCAUCAAGUCCUAGUCCUUCUAUUAAGGACUCAGUGCCAAGAGAUGAAGGUUUAAUUGUGUUCUUUCCAGGUAUACCCGGUUGUGCUAAAUCAGCACUUUGCAAGGAAUUACUAAAUGCUCCAGGGGGACUUGGUGACGAUCGACCUAUUCAAAGUCUGAUGGGUGAUCUAAUCAAAGGAAAGUAUUGGCAGAAGGUUGCUGAUGAGCGCAGAAAAAAACCAUAUUCAAUUAUGCUUGCGGACAAGAAUGCACCAAAUGAAGAAGUGUGGAGGCAGAUUGAAAACAUGUGUCGCAGCACCAGGGCCUCUGCAGUUCCUAUUGUACCAGAUUCUGAAGGAACUGAUUCAAAUCCGUUCUCUCUUGACGCAUUAGCUGUGUUUAUGUUUCGAGUGCUUCAACGUGCUAAUCAUCCAGGAAAUUUGGACAAGGCAUCUCCAAAUGCUGGAUAUGUGCUGCUUAUGUUUUAUCACCUUUAUGAGGGAAAGAAUCGAAAAGAGUUUGACGGUGAAUUAAUCGAGAGAUUUGGCUCAAUAAUCAAGAUGCCAUUGCUGAAAUCUGAUAGGAGCCCCCUACCUGAUUCUGUAAAGUCUAUUCUAGAGGAAGGGAUAAAUCUUUACAAUCUUCACUCUAACAGACAUGGGAGAUUGGAAUCUACAAAAGGUACUUAUGUAAAAGAAUGGGCAAAAUGGGAGAAGCGAUUGCGGGAAGUUUUACUUGGCAAUGCUGAAUACCUUAAUUCAAUUCAGGUUCCAUUUGACAUUGCUGUCAAGGAGGUUUUGGAACAACUGAGAAAGAUAUCAAAAGGUGAAUUUAAGACGCCAGAUUCCGGUAAGAGGACAUUUGGAAACAUUGUUUAUGCAGCUGUCAGUCUGCCUGUUCCGGAAAUGAAAACUCUACUCGAUAAUAUAUUAGAAAAGCAUCCCGAGGCAAAAGCUAUUCUCGGAAACAACCUUUUGAAGAACCUAAUGAAGGCUCAUGUUACUCUGGCUCAUAAGAGAAGUCACGGUGUAACCGCCGUUGCUAACUAUGGCAUCUUCCUCAACAAGGAAGUCCCUGUAAAAUUUAGUGCCUUACUUUUCACCGACAAUAUGGCUGCGUUCGAAGCUAACCUUGGCUCUGUCGAAGGCGAGCAGGUAAUCUCGAAAAACCAGUGGCCCCAUGUUACAAUAUGGACUGGUGAGGGUGUUCUCGCCAAGGAGGCCAACACAUUACCUGAACUGCUCUCACAGGGAAAGGCUACCUGCAUCCAUAUCGACCCGCCUGUCACCAUUUCGGGCACAUUGAAUUUCUAUUGAUUUUUUAUUCCUUUCCUUUCAAAGUGUACUGAAUGAGAGCUUUUUUUACAGGGAAAAAUUUUGAUAGCAGAAGAAUCUUUAAGUUGAGAAAUGUUUGUAUGUACAUACAAUACAGGCAAUAAAAUGGCAGUGAUAAUAUAUUACAAGUCA